CGCUCCCCCUCCCUCCCCUCCGAAACAUGGCGGCUCUUCCGGAGGCGGCCGAAGGGUAGGGGUGGGUCAGACUGUGGAGCUACCGGAGGAUUGGGAUAUACGGGCCGGGCAGGCUCUGGUCUGGUGUACACAGGAGAGGGACAGCACUUGUCUAUAAUGCUGUGGGGAUAGAAGAGCGACCCGGCCGGCGGUAACCAUGACCCCAAAGGCCAGUUUUUCCAUAUGGGGUUGGGGAAGUCUCGGUGGCGUGCUCUUCCUCAUAACAUUUGGACCCUUUGCUAUAUUUUAUUUUGCCUUUUACAUCCUCUGCUUCGUGGGUGGGGGUUUUGUGGUCACGCUUCUUUUUGGAAAGAUAACAUCUGAGAAGUACCUGGAGAAAUGUGAGCACUCCUUUCUUCCUCCAACCACUGCUGGAAUCCCAAGGGUCGUAGAAGAAAUGAAACGUGAAGCUAGACCCAUCAAGAUUGACAGAAGAGUGACCGGUGCCAAUAUGAUCGAUGAACCCCUGCAGCAAGUCAUACAGUUUUCCUUAAGGGACUAUGUCCAGUAUUGGUAUUACACACUAAGUGAGGAUGAAUCCUUUCUCCUUGAAAUCAGGCAGACUCUUCAGAACGCACUGGUUCAGUUUUCCACCCGGUCUAAAGAAAUUGACUGGCAGCCUUACUUUACCACCCGAUUAGUAGAUGACUUUGCCACUCACCUCCGAGUGUUCAGAAAAGCUCAGCAGAGGAUGGCAGAGAGAGAAGAUCAAAAGAAAGAUUCAGCAGAAGAUUUUGUAGAUACUUUUUUUGAGGUUGAAGUUGAAAUGGAGAAAAUUGUCUGCCGUGACCUCGUCUGUACUUCUUCCAAAGAUGAGGAAGGGUUCCUGAAGGAUUUAUGUGAAGUUUUACUGUAUUUAUUGCUACCUCCUGGAGACUUCCAGAACAAGAUCAUGCGAUACUUUGUGAGGGAAAUCCUUUCACGAGGAAUUCUUCUUCCUUUAAUAAACCAGCUCAGUGAUCCUGAUUAUAUUAAUCAGUAUAUCAUUUGGAUGAUUCGUGAUUCUAAUUGCAAUUAUGAGGCCUUCAUGAAUGUCAUUAAGUUAAGUGACAAUAUUGGAGAGUUGGAAGCUGUGAGGGACAAAGCUGCUGAAGAAUUACAGUAUCUCCGUUCAUUAGAUACCGUGGGAGAUGACAUCAACACUAUAAAAAACCAGAUAAACAGUUUACUGUUUGUAAAGAAAGUAUGUGAAACACGAAUACAGAGAUUGCAGUCUGGAAAAGAAAUUGAUACUUUGAAGUUGGCUGCAAACUUUGGAAAACUUUGCACAGUCCCACUGGACAAAAUCCUUGUACACAAUGUUGCACUACAGUUUUUUAUGGAUUUUAUGCAGCAGACCGGGGGGCAAGCUCACCUCUUCUUCUGGCUCACAGUAGAGGGGUACCGGGUGACUGCACAGCAACAGCUGGAGGUGCUGCGGAGCCGACAACGUGAUGGAAAACACCAAGCCAGUCAAACUAAGGGGCUGUUAAGGGUGGCUGCAGUUGGCGUGUUUGAUCAGUACUUAUCAGAAAAGGCAUCACCAAGAGUUCACAUUGACGAUUAUUUGUUAGCAAAGCUCGAAGAAGUGGUAAACAAUGAAGAUCCGACGCCUGAGAUCUUUGAUGAGGUCCAAAAAAAGGUUUAUGACAUCAUGUUGCGCGAUGAACAUUUUUACCCAUCAUUCCGCCACAACGCUCUCUAUAUACGGAUGCUAGCAGAGCUGGACAUGUUGAAAGAACCAAGCUUUAGAGGAUCCGAUGAUGGUGAUGGAGAGUCUUUUAAUGGAUCUCCAACGGGCAGCAUCAAUCUGACUCUGGAUGAACUGUCAAAUGUGACCACGGAAGAUCUGAUACAAAUCCAUGCGUUUAUCUCUGACACUGUUCAUGUUGACUGUGACCCAUAUGCUGUGGCAGGAGUUUGUAAUGAACAUGGAAAAACCUAUGCACUGUAUGCCAUCACUGUCCAGCGGCGAAGUUUAGAGGGCAUUGAAGAAAUAUGGAAAACCUAUCGCCGUUACAGUGACUUCCAUGACUUCCACAUGCGGAUCACUGAACAGUUUGAAAACCUUGCUGGUCUCCUGAAGCUGCCAGGAAAGAAGACCUUCAACAACAUGGAUAAAGAAUUUUUGGAAAAGAGAAAAAAUGAUUUGAAUACUUACCUACAGUUAUUGCUAAGUUCCGAGUUGCUAAAGGCCUGUCCUACACUUGCACCUUUUGUAUUUGACUUUCUUGAGAACAAAGCCUACAAUAAAGGGAAGGGAGACUUUGCACGAAAGAUGGACACAUUUGUAAAUCCACUGCGCAAUUCAAUGAGGAAUGUCUCCAAUGCAGUCAAAUCCUUACCAGACAGUUUAGCUGAAGGAAUGAAUAAGAUGUCUGACAACAUGGGCAAAAUGUCAGAAAGACUCGGACAAGAUAUAAAGCAAUCUUUUUUUAAGGCACCAAUGCUUGUACCAAAGCCUGGUUCAGAUCCUGAACAUUGCCGAGUGUCUGCUCAACUAGAUGACAAUGUUGAUGACAAUAUCCCACUACGUGUCAUGCUUCUGCUCAUGGAUGAAGUCUUUGACCUGAAGGAACGAAAUCAAUGGUUAAGAAGACAAAUCACUAGCCUCCUCCAGCAGCUCAUUCGAGCCACAUAUGGAGACACCAUUAAUAGAAAAAUUGUUGAUCAUGUAGAGUCCAUGACCUCACCCGAUCAAGUUGCAGAUUAUGUCAAACAUUUCAGAGACUCGUUGUGGCCUAAUGGUAUAUUGGCAGAGACUGCUCCGCGUAGAGACAGAAGCAUACGGAUGCGUACAAGGGUUACUGCAAAAACGAAGCUGCUGGAAAUUAUGCCAGAUGAACUGAAGCACAUCAUUGGGGCCGAAACAACUAGAAAGGGAAUCCUUCGGGUCUUUGAAAUGUUUCAGCACACCCAGCUGAACAGGAGACUUGUAUACGUAUUUUUAGAAGGCUUUCUGGAAACCUUAUUUUCACAAUGCAAAUUCCAUGAGCUCUUUAACAAACUACACUCCAGGUCAGAGCGAAUGAGGAAAUAUAGACAAAGACAACAAUCGUAUCAUGCACCUGCCUUACAGAAAAGGUGACACUCUGUCCUGUCAAGUUGUGCCCUAAAAACUCUGCAGUGUUUUAUCCAGGAAUAACUGAAUAGCAACGUGGGCAUAAUUUCCGGGGCUCAAAAAUGGCUACUGAUGUUUUCACACCAGUCAUAUUGUGUCAUAUAGAAUAUUGAUGCAUCCAUACGCUGUGUGGCUCUAUUCAUCCUACCCGCUGUGCAACCAUUCAUUGGUUGGGACUGUAUGUGUCUUACAUUGGUGCAGUCAAAUCACAUAAAAGAACCAGGAACAGAGUUUGUACCAUAUGGGUUCAGACCUAGAAGGGCAAGAUGAGGGGCGAUGAAGUGGAUGAAGAAGUGCCAGAUUGUAUUUUUUCUACAUUAAUGUCAAGCACAAAUACAUUGCUAUACUGGAAGAUCGACAGGAUUGAGUUAGAGCUGGGAAAUUAUGCAAUUUUUGCAAUGCAGCUGGAGUCCAGGCUUUAGGAGAUACAUUCCCAUUUUACAGGAGUGGGUAAUAAAUUAAAUCGGUAUCUGAGGACCGAGCCACAGUCUGUAACCUCGAUAUCAUCAUUAGAGUUUUGCGGCCGAAUUCCUGAGCUUCAUAUUUGCAAAUCUGUAUUAUUUCAGGAAGAUUUUUAUUUAUAUUUUUUCUUUCAUUUUGUAUGAUUUUUUUUUCCUUUCUUUAUAUACAAUCAGUCUUAAUGGUCUCUCUUCAACUUUCACCCCUUUGUUAUUACUUUAAUCUUUACAAAGAUGGUGACAACCUUCUGAAGUCAAUAUCAUGGCUCUGCAUAAAGCAUCCCACUAACCAAGUCAUUCUGUGUAAAGCAUUAGCGGAAUGAGGUUUUACCCUACAAAUGUGUACCCAGUGUACAUUUCUUGCAUGUAUAGUUAUCCCAGAUAUUGGCAUAUACUCUCUCCCAUCAGUGGAUUGAUGAUGGUGUCUUAUGGUUGCUUUGUGAGCACAGUCUUUUCUGUUUUUCACUUACUGUGUUAUUUUGAGGUUAUAUCUCUAUAUUGAGAUGACAAAUUUCACACUUUUCACUUGUGAAGCUGCUGACUUGAUUCAGAGAUCAUGAAUUUUUUGAGAUGUCCUAUCAGUCUUUUGUUCUUUAAAUCAAAAAGGAAAUGAUGGUUAAGCUUCCUUUGUAUACCUACACAAUCUUCUCUUACAGGGGAUUUGGCAUAUCACAAAAAUGUCCUUGUCCCGUAUCAUGAAUUUAUGGUUGAUAUCUUGGCCAUCUGGAUAUGGAAAACCUUGGGUUAGGGGAAUUUGUAGCAAUUUUUUCAGGUCAUCUAUUUCCAAUCUGGCUUCCUUAAGUCCAGCUUGGUCUUUCGGAGACUUAAUGAUAUAAUCUUCUCUCUGUUAUGUAGUAUAGGAUGCUGCAAGGUUAAUAAUUCAGCACAUUGGCUCAGCCUUAGACUAUAGGUUCAAAUGCGAUCAGGACGGCAUCAUUAGGGAGCCUGUAUGUUGUCCUGAUGCUUGUGUAACAUUUCUCCAGUACUCUGGAUGUGUGUGUGUCGCUUCAUUGGCCCAAGCAUUAGAACAACCGCCCCUUUUAGGACAUUGAGUUGUAUAUUAAGUUAUUUGUGCUCCUGAAUAUGUUUAUACUAUAGAAAAGGAGAGAGAACAUAAGACUACGUGCAGGCCCCUAAGGGUGUCGAGAUAUAGAGAAAGCUUUAGAUGUGCUGGUAAAGUGGCUGACUCACAAAAACAACUUCCUUUCAGAUGGGAAACCCCAGCAAACCGUUUUUGUCCGGGGAUAGCUGUUUAUUAUACAUUUCCCUAGUAAAGUAUUACAUGGCCUGCUAGAGCCACUAUGUGGGUCACCCAGUAGUGGGUCACUGAUCUGCUUUUUUGAGAAAGACCCUUUCAGUCAGUGCUGUCAUUCAUGAUGUUUAGCAAGCAGUGUAUCAUUGGGCUGCAAUGAUCUUUUUCCCCACUACGAUGGUAAGCCCUAUUGGGGAAACUUAUCAAGGCUGUAUGACAUUUUUCUAGCAUGCAAAAGUCACAAUUUUUUCGUGCAAGCAAAAAAAAGAAAUAAAAAAAGAAAUUGUGACUUUUUGCCUUGCUGAGCCCCCUACAAAAUGUGGGUGGGGUUUGAUAAAGGGGCAUGCCUCCCAUGGCCCAGCAGAUUUAUCAUAACUUACACCAGAAAUUGGCUUUAGGUGUCACUUGCUCUUUAAAAAAAAAAAAGAAAAAGAAAAAAAUGAUAGAAUGACCCUGGCAAAGAGCUCAGCUAAGCUCUCCUCUCCCUGGCUCGCUGUGUUCCACUACUCACUAGAGAAGAUAGAUUUUAUAGUAAGUAUAUGAAGUCUGACUUCUUCAGUUAGAUGGGGGAGCAAUGAUUUGGGGAGAGAAGUGCUCUGCUAAGUGCUUCUCCCGGGUCAUUCUAACAAUUGAUGAGGGUCUGAGCACCUAGAUCCUGACUUAUCAACAUUUUUGGCAUGUCUUUCUGACAGAUGUUUUUUUUUUUUUUAAGUUACUAUGCACUUCUGGAAUUCAAAGUGAGAUGCGCCAAAUUUAUUAAGAGCUUAGUACCUUAAUAAAUCUGGCACAGCUUAAGCUGGCAUUCUUUUACUUUUUCUUUAAGCUAUCAGUCUUAAUAAAGUCCUCCCCGUGUACUCUAAGGCCUGCGGGUAACCUUGUUCAUGACUACUAAGGGAUUUAUCUUCUGGUUAGAUGAUGUCACACAGGUUUUCUUAGACUAAAGAUGAUUUAAAAUAGCUAUAUAUAAGAUGGCUAGUGUCCGUAUUCUCCCGUGCACAUGCACACUUGGCUAGGCUAAGCGUGCAUGUGUUCUAAAUGAGGAGAAGGGGAGAAUGAUGCUGCCUGACUUCUUCCCAAGAAGAAAAGGAUCAGGCACUUGAAAUGAAACCUGCUGAUCCUUCUCUCCCCCCAACAGUCUGGAGGAGAGUUACGAGGCUGCCAUACACAAUAGAGGGGCAGCCUCUUCUGCUGAAAUCGUUGGGUUCGGCUGACACAUUAAUUGUGUAUGUCUAGCUUACCUCUGGUCAUGAUUUAAAAGUACAAAUCUUUUAGUUUUAAUUUAAUAAAAUAUUUCACGUAUUAGAAAGAAAAUAAUUCCUAUCCAGAUUAGAUCAUUUAGCCAUUUUGUUAUUUUCUGCAGCCCCUUACCCAAGCAGCCUAUGUGGUAUUAUAAUGUGGUCUAUUAUCAGUGGCCUCGUGUCAUGCCACAGCUGUCUUGGUGGAGUAAUCUGUGUCGCAACAUCUGUAUAUUGAACAGCCUGAUAAAACCAAGUGUUCAUUGAGUUGUUACAAUUGAAAUGUAAAGGAGGCGAAACUUUCACACUUUGAAAAACCCUGUUUUCAUAUGAUGUAGCCAUUGCACAUAAUCCGUACAGUGUCAGUCUGUUUUGUAUGAGAGAGAAGUUCUGAUUUGAAUUUUAAGUAAAACAAAAAAUAUAUAUUUUUUUAAUCUUGAAUUAGGUUUUUCUCAUUAGUUUGUGACUCUGUGGAGUGCUGCUCAAUAUCUGCUAUACCAGACUGUGAAGCAGUUCCUAAUCUAGUUCUGCCUUUUAUCCAUUGUAUCCUCAUAAAAUCCUGCAGAUUGAUUGUACAAUAUGGUAAUAAACAGCGCGCUCUCGUGUCUGGGUUCAGUGGUCGGGGGCGGGGGGGCUUCAGGUCAUUGCUGAAAAUAUAUCGUGCCAUUGUUCAAAGCAAAUGCACUUGUUUUAGCCUUAAUAUUUUUUUAAAGCAAAAUGACAGUAAGUAUGCGUUGGCUCAAGAGUUGUGAUGUCACAUGACCCUAAACCUUUGUGAGAUGCGGUAAGAAUGUGCACCCGGUUUUAAAACACAAAAUGUAGCUUUAUUUUUUAUUUAAUAAUGUGCAAUAUUUUAGAUAUCUAACUAGAAAAAAUGUCUGGGUAUUUGGUGAAAGUUCCUCUCUUAUACCCUGUUCCCUCUAUACCCUAUGAUGGUCACUUAGUGUUCUAAACGCAGUUCUACCUAACAUUAAAUAAAAUGCAAGAAAUAACCUCUUAUAGAAUAUUUUUAUGAACUAGCCAUUAAAAGUUUAUUUUGUUCCCAGAAUCUUUCUAAAAUAUUCUCAAUAUACAAACUGUUUAUGCGCUUCCGUGCUGUCCGUCCCUUUGGGUCACAUGUCAUCAUGUAGACAGAUACACAAAUGUAGUUAGGGAAUAGGAACAGUGGUGGCACCAAGAGAAUGCUACAGAGUACUAAAGUGGCCAUACUGACAGCUAUAUCUCCCGAUCUCCCCAUAUACAUGAAAGUUUGGCACGGCUGAACGCUCACGUGUUCUCUGUAGAAAAAAGGAGGGGUAUGGCUGCCAUAGGCAGGACAUUAACUAUAUUGAAAGUUUUUAUUUUAUUUUUAUUUAUUCUUUUUCUUAAUAAGGCUUUGGCCAGGUGUUAUAUACAGCCAAUAAUGAAAUAUAAAACACACCACAAAUGAUGAUUUUAGGGUUGUGGUGCUUUUUCCUUCACUUUUAAAGAUUUUUUGGGAGUUCUUGGCAUUUCCACACAUUAUAGCACGUUAUUGAGGCUGUACAAACAAAAGUAUGCAACAUUUUGUAAUGAAGACUAAUGGAGAAAAUGUUUUUGCAUCAUAAGUACAAAAGCAAGAAUAAAAAAAUAUUUUUAUCGGUGUCCAUAGCCUUUAAAAGCUAAAUAAUGAGCUCUUGGUAUUAUCUUCUUAAAGGGGACCUGACAAAUCUGUUUUAGUAAAUACUUGUUUUCCCUUUGACAUAACAAUUCUGGAGCAUCUUUUCUUAUGACUUUCUAUUGUGCUGUUCUACUGAAAUUCCUACUGGAAAUGUAUGAUUAAAUUGACAACUGACUGUUACCAGUUGGGGUUGUGUCCUGAAUGACCUUGUCCAAUCAGUGUGAAAGUGUGGAGGACACACCCCUUUGCCAAGGGUGAAUGGUAACAUCCAUUUGUCAAAUUAUUCAUAAUUUCAAUAAUAUUCUUGGAGGAAUUGCACAACAUAGAGCUUUUAGAAAUGAGGCCCCAGAAUUGUUAUUUUAUGGAAAAUGCUAAAGCAGUAGAGGUGACAGAUUCUCUUUGAGUGCGAUCACAUGUACACAAUCUGCUGUGGAUUUGCACAUUGAAGCCAAUGAGUAGCGACGUAAUUCACAGAGGAAUUUCAGCAGUUAAUUACCAUAUAUACUCAAGUAUAAGCCAACCCGAAUAUAAGCUGAGGCCCCUAAUUUCACCCCAAAAACCUGGGAAAAACGUAUUGACUCGAGUAUAAGCCUAGGGUGGAAAAUACAUCAUCCCCCUGCUGUCAAAAUCCGUCAUCCCCCCCUCUCCCCUGUCAUAAUCCCCCGUCAUCAUCCAAACCCCCCUCACCCCCCCUGUCAUCACCCAGAACCCCCUCAUCCCCCCGUCAUCAUCCAGACCCCCUCCCUGCGUCAUCAUACAGACCCCCCUCUCUUGUUGUCUUCUCACCUCCCCAGUUGUAGCUCUGUUGGUCCUUCCCUGUUGCCUAGCAGCCUUCAAUCGUCUGCCAUCUACGCAGCAGGGACUGUCCGAAUUCCAGUGGGGAGGGUGAGCCACGAAUUAGUGAAGCUGCAUUGACGACGACGGCAGGGACGUCCGUGCCGCCCUGCGCAUCACCACCCAUCAUACCACCACCCCACCCCCCACCCACCACCACCACCACCGGUAUGCCUGAAGCGAUUCUUUUGAUUAUUUUUAUUCGCUUGAGUAUAAACCUAGGGGGGCAAUUUUAGCACGAAAGAUCGUGCUGAAAAACUCUGCUUAUACUUGAGUAUAUACGGUAUGUACGUGUGAACUUACCCUAAAAGUGUGUUUAUACAG